AGUGGGCUUGCAGACCGCGAAACGGACGCUGGAGCCCCGGGGAACCCGGCACCUACCGCUGAGUACACCCAGUCCAGGGUGCGGCGACUCACGGGCUUCAUGGCCCCGCCCCUCCCUGGCCGCUCUUGUCCCCAGUUCCUGGGAGCCCCGGCCCAGACCGCGACUGCGCGGGAGGCGGCAGCAUGACGGCCGAGCAGCGGCGGAACCUGUUCGCGUUCGAAAACUAUAUCAGGAAAAUUCUGGAUCCAACCUACAUCCUCAGCUACAUGGCCCCCUGGCUUGAUGACGAUAAGAUGCAAUAUAUCCAGGCUGAGAAAAACAACAAGGGCCCAAUGGAGGCUGCAUCACUUUUCCUCCAGUUCCUCCUAGAGCUCCAGGGGACAGAUUGGUUCCGUGGCCUUCUAGAUGCCCUAUGCCAUGCAGGUUACUCUGGACUUUAUGAAGCCCUUGAAAGUUGGGAUUUCCUAAAAAUUGAAAAAUUAGAGGAGCAUAGAUUACUUUUAAAACGCUUACAACCAGAAUUGAAAGCCAAAAUUAUUCCAACAGAUAUCCUUCCUGACAUAUCUCAAUGCUUAAUUCCUCAGGAAUGUGAAGAAAUUAGACAGAUUUGCACCAAUAAAGGGAUGAUAGCAGGUGCAGAAAAAUUGGUUGAAUGUCUUCAGAGAUCAGACAAGGAGAAUUGGCCCAAGACUUUGAAACUUGCUUUGGAGAAAGAAGGGUACGAUGAACUGUGGAUUGUGGACGAAGGUAUGAAAAAUAUGGAAAAGAAAGCUGUUGAAGAUGAUGAAAUGGAAAUUUCCAGCAUACAGAUUUUCUACCAGGAAGAGCAAGAGUGCCAGAAUCUUAGUCAGAAUUCCAGUCCACCUCCAGACAAUUCUUAUACUAACUUGUAUGACCCAUUGAAACCAAGAAAUUACCAACUGGAGCUUGCUUUGCCUGCUAAGAAAGGAAAAAAUACAAUAAUAUGUGCUCCUACUGGUUGUGGGAAAACCUUUGUGUCACUUCUUAUCUGUGAGCAUCACCUUAAAAAGUUUCCACCAGGACAAGGAAAAGUUGUCUUUUUUGCUAAUCAAAUCCCUGUAUAUGAACAGCAAGCAUCUGUAUUCUCAAGAUAUUUUCAAAGACUUGGCUACAGAGUUGUGGGUAUUUCUGGAGCAACAGCUGAGAAUACUCCAGUGAAACAGACUAUUGAGAAUAAUGACAUUAUCAUCUUAACACCACAAAUUCUUGUGAACAAUCUUAAAAAUGGAACCAUUCCAUCAGUGUCUGUCUUUACUUUGAUGAUAUUUGAUGAAUGCCAUCAUACCAACAAACACCACCCAUACAAUAUGAUCAUGUUCAGUUAUCUGGAUCAGAAACUCGGAGGCGCGUCAGCCCCACUGCCCCAGAUCAUUGGACUGACUGCCUCAGUUGGUGUGGGAGAUGCCAAAACCAUAGAGGACGCCACUAGUUACAUCUGCAAACUGUGUGCUGCUCUUGAUGUAACUGUGAUAGCAACAGUGAGAGACAACUUGGAGGAGCUGGAGCAAGUUGUUUAUAAGCCCCAGAAAAUUUCUAGGAAAGUGGAAUCACGGGCUACCAACACAUUUAAACUAAUCAUAUCACAGCUGAUGAAGGAGACAGAGAACCUAGCAAAGAACGUCUCUGUGGAACUUGGAAAAUUAUUUCAAAUUCAAAACAGGCAGUUUGGCACCCAGAAAUAUGAACAGUGGAUUGUUGCAGUUCAUCACGCAUGCAAGGUGUUUCAGAUGGCGGACAAGGAGGAAGAGAGCAGAGUCUGUAAAGCACUGUUUCUGUACACCUCACAUUUGCGGAAAUAUAACGAUGCUCUCAUCAUCAAUGAGGAUGCACAAAUGAAGGAUGCUCUGAAAUACCUAAAAGACUUUUUUAACAACCUCCGAGAAGCAACAUUUGAUGAGAUUGAGCAAGAUCUUACACGGAGGUUUGAAGAAAAGCUGGAAGAACUAGAAAAUGUUUCCAUGGAUCCCAGCAAUGAGAAUCCUAAGCUCAGAGACCUCUACUUGAUCUUGCAAGAAGAAUAUCACUUAAAUCCAGACACAAAAACCAUUCUGUUUGUGAAAACUAGAGCACUUGUAGAUGCUUUAAAGAAGUGGAUUGAAGAAAAUUCUGCACUCAGCUUUCUAAAGCCUGGCAUAUUGACUGGACGUGGUAGAACAAAGCAGGUCACAGGGAUGACUCUCCCGGCACAGAAGUGUGUCCUGGAAGCAUUCAGAGCUAGCAGUGAUAACAAUAUUCUGAUUGCCACCUCGGUUGCUGAUGAAGGCAUUGACAUUGCGGAGUGCAAUCUGGUUAUCCUGUACGAAUAUGUGGGAAACGUCAUCAAAAUGAUCCAGACCCGAGGCAGAGGCAGAGCAAAAGACAGCAAGUGCUUCCUUCUAACUAGUAAUGACGACGUGAUUGACAAAGAAAACAAAAACGUGUUUAUGGAAAAAAUGAUGAACGAAUCCAUUUCAAGACUUCAAACAUGGGAUGAAACAAAAUUUGAAAGAACGGUUUCCCGUAUACAGAUGGAUGAAAAAUCCAUCAGAGAUAAUCAACACAAACCACUAACUGUCCCUGACAAUAAAAACAAAAAGCUGCUCUGUGGAAAGUGCAAAGCCUUUGCGUGUCACACAGCUGACAUCCGAGUGAUAAAGAAUUCCCAUUACACAGUGCUUGGAAAUGGUUUUAAGGACCGCUUUGUACGUAAACCACACCCUAAGCCAAAGAUAUAUGAUGGUUUUGAGAAGAAAGAAAAAAUAUUCUGUGCCAGACCGAACUGUGGCCACGACUGGGGAAUCCACGUGAGAUAUAAGGCAUUGGAGAUUCCAGUCAUAAAAAUUGAAAGCUUUGUGGUUGAAGACAUAGCAACUGGAGCUCAGCACCACUACUCUAGGUGGAAGGACUUUCAUUUGGAGUGGAUGCAGUUUGAAGCUAUGGAAUUGUCCAUAUGACCUCAGGGCACCAGUCCUGGGCUGCCGGGAUCCUGUGUGCCUCUGUGAGGAUGUUGUGCAUUCUGUAUUGACGACCAGCUAACUAACCUCCUGUUUAACAGUUCAUACUAUACCCUACUCUCAAAGCACAUGUGAAUGAGUUGAAUCACUCAUUGCUUCUACACCAACAGUAGCUAUAAUACUUGGGGAUAACCUUAGAAUCUUUUUCUAUCCAUUUCAGGACUCAAUAAAACAUACCUGCUCCCUAUACACUGUGAAGAAUGAAACGGUUGUUCUCCAUAGUUCACUUUCUUUCCUUAAACUGCUUUUCAAGGCUAGUGACUGUGAUUGCAAAACCCAGUGGGUACCACCUGGUGCCCAUUUGAUCCCUUUGUUGGCCCUGAUAUUCUUUCUCUUCUCUUGACUUUCUUCUUCUUCUUCUUCCUUCCUCCUCCUCCUUCCUCCUCUUCCCUCUCCCCCCUCCCCCUCCCUUUACAUCAGUGUGUGACAUAAUUUUAAAACACGAUAGGAGACAGCUUUUAGUACAUGCUACACUAUUCCCGAGAAAGUACUUGUUCCUUUGUUUAUUAUACUUCUUACCCUAUUUAUUUGUUCUCUUAACCUGUGCCCACUUCCCCUUUAAGUAGUCAUCUCAAGCCAUUUCCAAUAAUGUUUGAUGUUUAACACUUAGGCAAUUUCCAGUUAAGUCCUUGAUGAGGAAGCUUAAUUUAGCUGUGUGCUUUACCUAAGUACAUAGAAUGCACAUUCCAGUGGCGUUCUUCUAUCUCUUAGCAAGGUCUAUGGGUGCUUCUGAGACCUUAGUUUGGGGUUCGUGAGAUAUGACAAGUGGGUGAGUGUGGUUACUGCCAACAGACCAAGGUAUUUUGCGUUCAGAUCAGGGUAGAGCAAUAGUGAUGUCUAGUGCCACAGAAUUUGAACAUCUUUAAAAAAGACUCAGAGAAGUUAUUUGCAGUACACCAAGGCUGUCAAUAACUUAAGACAAAACUCUGGAGAUACAUGACCACAUAACCCUUUUCAAAUGACACCUAUUUCUACCUGAAGACCACUGGAGGCCACAGAGGACAUAGUCGGCCACCCAGACUACCCAGAUCGAUCCUGGAGGUCAGUGGGAUGACAGAGCAUCCACUUUGCUUUCCACUUAUUCUGGUGAGCAGUAUGGUUAGCAAGGAGCCAAGAACUUGCCUGUCUCAUAACUCCUCUUGGCAUUAUCCUUGGUCUACUGAUGAAGGACACAGACUUUAAGAGUUACUAAAUGGCUUUUAAUCAAAACAAUGUAUGAAAUGUACAAUGUAUAGUAGUUUAUCAGUAAAACUCCUAGUAAGAUGCAAUAAAAAUGGACUACUUAAAUCAA